UUUGGCUAGAGUUGCUGACAGGGGAUAACCCUUUAAAACGGCCCCUCUGUCCCCCCCUGAGCCCCCGUCUGUCUUUCUCCACACACUGACUGACUGACUGACUGACUGGACUGUUACUAUGCCCGUAAAGACACCUGCGCUCACAAACACAGGAAACCAACACCAGCAUCAGCAGCACCUGAGCAGCACAGAGGAUCCUCUCUAACCCUGAAAUCACUGCACAGAUCCUCCUCACUGAACCACAGGAGCAGGAACACUCUCCCAGGACACAAGAGAAUCUCUGAGAUCCACCUGAGACGUUUCUUCCACUGUGGGCCGGAGAGAUCGAGUGAGGAGGCACAAUGAUUGAGAGUGACAGAGAGCUGUCGGCCAUGGUGCAGGAGCUGUGGGACAACGACGUCAACAGACUGAAGCCUGGGAAGGACUACAAGAUCUCUUUGAAGGGUAAAGCUGGAGACACGAUGGCCAUGAACGACAACAAUGAUGGAGCCGGAUAUCCUCUGUUCACGUUCGUGGAUGAGAACAUUUUCAAGAAGGAGACUUUUUUUGCUUUCAUCUCUCUCUUGGAUAACUAUGAGAGCGACACCGGGGAGCCUGAGAUAGUGACCCCUGAGGAGGUCGCAGAGAACCACAAGUUCCUGGACGCCAUCAUUCAGACCCCCACCAUGAAGAUCGCUCAUAAAUACCUGGUGGAGAAGAAUCUCUCUCCAGCAGAUAACACCGCCUUCAAGGAGCAGCUGUACAGGAUCUGGUUUGAACUUUAUGCCAGGAGAGGAUCCAGCAGGCCGGACUCUUCAGGGUUUGAACACGUGUUUGUUGGAGAGACGAGAGGAAGGCGGACGGUCAUCGGCUUUCACAACUGGAUCCAGCUCUACCUGCAGGAGAAGCUGGGACACAUCGACUACAAAGGCUACAGCGUCACUGCACAUUCCCCUCAGCCGGACGAGAACAAACACAUCCUGGCUCUCCAGUUCAGCUGGAAGAACGGGAUCAAGCCCAAGGGCAGCAUCUUCAUCGGGGUCAGUCCUGAGUUUGAGUUCGCCCUCUACACCCUCUGUUUCCUCUCCUCGCCCAACGAGCGCGUUAAAGUCCAGUUCAGUUUCUAUGACGUGGAGAUCGUGUGCCACCACUACAACCAGAAGCACAUAGGAACCACGUACCCUGUUCUCCUGAAGUACCAGAACCCUGAGAAACGGGACUAAAGGUCAUUCAAGGUCGAAGUUACUCAACACUGGAGCUUGAUUCAAAGUGUCACAGGUGUUGUUGUUGUCUUUUUAUUUUAGAUAAAGAUACAAUAAAACCUCAUGAGACCCACGUUCA